UAUGACUCAAUGAACAAACGCAAUCUGUAAACAAGGCAAUUUAAAAUUUGGUUGGUAUUAGAUGUAAAUUAGUAAGGUAUUCCCUCAUUGUGCAACUCAAUUAGUUAAUCCUUGACAUUGUACUCAAGAUUACAACUAUAAAAGGCUGAGGAAGAAGCUGAAGUUUGGGAACAUGCGAUUGCGCCACAGUGUUUAUGAUCGCUGAACCAAACGUACCGCGCCGUUUUCGAAGGUCCUACGUCUUAAUUUUAAGUGUGACUCGAAUACCGAUAGUAAUCCACUGCAAAAUGAAGUAUGAAAAUUGCGUUGAAAAACAAACUAUAGAAUACACACACACCACCGUUCCGGCCUCAAUGCGCAGUCCUUAUUGGAAAUAUUUUGGGUUUCCUUCAGACAGUGCUAAUAAAAUUUUAACGCGGCAAAAGAUUAUCUGCACGCUUUGUGGUACAGCCAUUACUUACAACAAAAAUACAUCCAAUCUUCGCACGCACCUAAUUGCGCGGCAUCCGGAGCGACUGCAUGAAAUGCAUCUGCAGCAGCGGCAACAAUGCUCAACAUUUGCCAGCUUGGAAGAGGGCGACAGUAAUGAUGUCUCAACAGAUGUUUUAAAUGAAGAGAGCGAAGUAAAAGUACAAAUAUGUAAGCGCUCUAAUUCGCUCGACCAUGAUGAGGGUAGUGCUUUAAAAAUUAAACGACUGACCUCAAAUUAUCGUGCAGUCAAUAAAAUAACAUUAACAAGUGAUCAAGAGGACUCUCAAUAUCAACAUGAAAUCACAGGGAAUGUAAAAGCAAUUCCAAACCAUGAAAAAAUGAAUGAUGUGAAUGAGCACGUCGUUGUUAAUAGAAGCAGGAGUGGCUACGAGUUUCUCGAUUCAGAACCAGUUAACGCUUUGACAACAAGUGGAACCGAAGAUGUGGUCAUUCAUUGUGCUGAUGAUUUCAGUGUUGAGACUGUACACAAUGAAGCACAUGAAUUCGUAGAAGACGAAGCAGUUACGCUUGAAAGCGAAAUCACGCAGAAAUCUUUGAUUGACGACUCGAGUAAUUCAUCGUCCGGUCACCCUGGACAAUCGAAAACAUCCAGUGCGUUGCAAAACAGAGCUUCUUACGUUGAAGGGCUUGCAGGCAUGCUGGUCACCGAUCUAUUACCGUUUAGUGUUUUGCAGGGCUUCGGCUUUAAAACUCUUCUUAACUCAAUUGGAGCUCCUAAUGUAGAUAAAUAUGAAAUUGAGAAGAAAGUACAGGAUGACUUUGGGCAAAUGCAAGACAUUCUUAAAAAAUAUAUUUCACAAAACAUUUUGCAAGAUCAUAAACCAUAUUCACUUAGUAUUGAAUCUUAUAUGAAUAACGAAGAGGAGAGUAUUGCCAGCAUUUAUGUUAACUUUCUUAAUGUUGAUUAUGAAAGGAAAUUGGAAAGUGUUCUAUAUGAAGAAAUUGUCUGUAACGGCCCAAUAGACUUGGAAAAUGCUUUGCUAGAAUUCGAUCUGAGCCGUUGUGCUGUAAUUGUAGCAAUGGUGGAGGAGAAUUCAGUCGUAAAUGAAUUCGCCACAACUCAUGAAAUUGAAGUGGUGCCAUGUUUGGAUGCAUUACUUACUCGGUGUCUUGACCUAAUAUUCGAACAGAAUGUAGUCUUAGAGGUGCUUCACAGGAUCUUUAAACUAUGUCAGUAUCUUAAUUUGACAGAAUUGCCAUCCCAUUGCUCGUGGUCGAAGCUAAAAUUUAUUAAAGAUUUCCUCGACAGCUCAUUAGCGAACGAUUUGGAAUGCCAGGAUAUGGCGUCAGAGUUGGAACCUUUCAUAGCAUACAUAAACCCUUUGAAGAUUACAUUUGAUACAAUAACCACAGAAUCGUUACCACUCUGUACACUUGUUCGGCCAUUGAGUACGAAACUUUUCGAGGAACAUUUCUUAGUAUUUAACACAGAGGGUAAUGCUUACCUAGAGUCUGCGCAGAAAGUAGUCAAUGUUGAACUGCGCAACAGCCUGACAAAGUGUUCAUAUUUUUCUGAGGCAGUAAUCUUUGAUCCGCGCUUUCAACAUGAUUUUAUUCAGCCCAAGCGUCAACAGAUAUGUGAUCAACGACAAAAUGCCACUUUUGAUAGUAUUCAACGCCACGACAUAGUGGCGGCAAUUAAACAGCGGUUUCAACAUUUAAUACCGACGUCAGACACACAACUAGAAGUGGAACAAAGCCAGCAACAUGCCUUACCACAGAUAGUACCAAAAUCAAGUUUAAGAUCUUUUUUUCAUCGCAUUAGCGAUGCAGCGGGCGCAGCUAAUCGAAAGCAUUCCAACAAUCCGAUUCCGAAGCUAACCCAACCAGAAAGUGCUAUCGAUGUAGAAUUUAAUCGAUACAAGUGUGAGUCAACAUUAGAUUUAGAACAAUGCCCGAUAAGUUGGUGGCAACUGCAUGCCCAACAAUAUAAGCAACUGUACGAAAUCGCCAACUACUAUCUGAGCGUUCCAUGCUAUGCGGUACGUUCACCGACGAUAGGCGAUCAUGAAGAAACGGCGGUAAAUAGCAGAAGUGUGCGGUGGCAAAGGCGUAGGGCACUUCGACUUCAGCACCCUGUCGAAAAGUGUUUGUGGUAUUUACACUAUAAUCGAGCAUUAUGUGAUAAGAUAAAACAAUCCAAACAGUUUUGUUAAGGGAUGGGAAAAACAGAGAAACGUGAAAAUGGUGACAACUGGUGUGCCUAUUUUCAAAAUAGCCUUAACGCUUCACUGUAUCAUAGUUUCAACUUAGUUAUAAAAUCUGGUAAAAUAUUUUUUCGCUAUCUAAUUAGCACACGCAUGUUUAGUUUUUAGUAUGCUAUUUUUAAGUCCCUUCGUAUUAUAUGAAUCCUUUUCGAUUAUUUCAAAAAAAGAAGUUCAUAUAAUAUACAUUUGUAUAUGUUAUCGGCCAAACUCGAUCUUAGGACAAACUAGUUUUUCCUGGGCGAAACUAGUUCUAUCUAGAUCCGAUACAUCCGUCUAACGCGAAAUCAGGUUGGACGCAACAAUAUUGUUGACUGCGUAGUUGGAGUUGGACUGAUGAGGGUUAUUUUUAUGAAGCGCGGCCGAAGGCCGCUUACGCAGAAAGUAGUUCUGCUCAAAAAUAAUGUGGCGCUUGAUCUAGUUUAGCCUAGUCAAAACUAGUUUGUCCUAAGAUCGGGUUUGGCCGGUAACAUAUAUAACGUAAAUAGCGAACAAUAAAUAAAUAUAAAUGUUUAUGUUCUUGCUCGUAUCAAAAAAAUUAGUUCCAGGUAAGCUCCUUAUUUUUUAGAAAUAGGGGCAGUUUCAUAGGGUUAAUAAAGGAAUGAGAUAAUUCUUUUUUAUUUAUAAAUCAACGUAUUUCACAUUUCUUUAUUAUUUCAAAAAGAUAUAAGUUUAGUAAAUAAUAAUCAUAUAAAUACUUGCUACAUUCGUGUAUGUUUGUAUAUUUGUUAUAAUUCAUUUAUUGUUUUAUUUUUUCCUUUACUUGAAGUUUGGCAUUAGGUGGUUUAUUUCCCCAUUUAAACUUCAUCCCUAAAAUUUUUACGGCAGCAAGCAGUUCUAAACAUUGUUACACACGUUAAAGGAGGAUAUAAUCUUAAAAAGAGUAAACCAAUGUAAAAUAUAAUACAUAAAGACACGAAUACGGAUUAAAUAAAAUUUGAUAUAUGUAGUUAAAUACAUAGUACGUACAAUAUUUCUCCCCACAAUAAAAGGUUCAUUUUGUGUAUGUUUGUAUAUGUAUUGAAAUUACAAAACAAGAAAAUGCAUUGCGCAUAUGUAUGUAGCUCUUCUCAUCAUAUUUCUCAAUUUAUUAGUAUGUAUAACUAUUUAAACUAGCGUAAUCAUGCAAGUAUACUACCUAUGUAAUAUUGCUUUAUAGACUUACACAUGUAUUUUCAUCCAUAAACUACAUACAUACGUAUAUAUGUAUAUAAAUGUAAAUGUAUGAAUAUGGUGCAUAAUUUUUAACUCGAACUGGAAGUGGAAUAAAAUAAAUACUUUUUGUAGUUUCCACAUAUCUUAGCAAAGACGCGUAUAAAGUAUAAUUUUAAAAUACCUUGUCUUAAUUAAAUCAAAUCUUCUUAAGCGACACGCGCAUUCAAACUUCUGCUCGUUCUACGCAUAUUGCCGAACUUUUGAUUUUGUUCAGGAUGUUAAGAAAUGAUAUGUAGUACAAUACGAGCGUGAUCGCUGAACUCGCAAACCUAUUCGGUGCUUGUAAAUAAGUACGAGCUUUAAUAUCCCAAUGAAUUUAAAUAUCGUCACCUUAAUUCUUAAAGGCCCUAACCAACACUAUUUAUUUAUUAAAUUACAACUUCAAGAAAAAUUUUACAGUGUUAGUACCAAAGGAGUUACAUGCCACUUUUUAAAAAUCCCUACCUGUUUUGUAUAGUGUUUUCUGCUUCUGUAAUAAAAAAAUUUGUUGGCUAGGGCACUUGUGAACUAAUAUAACGAUAUAUGUAUAUAUAUGUACAUACAUAUGUAUCGGACAACUGAAUUAAAAGUUUUAAUAAAUCUAAAAGUGUGUUUCGAGUUAAAAUCUUAUGACCCAUACCUGCUUAUGUCUACUAACUAUAUUUUAUCCACUCAAAGUCAGCAUAUGAUUGUUUUAAUACUUGUGCAUACGCUCGUUUCUAGUAACAUAUAUAGAACAAGUGGAAUAUAGAAUGCGCUUCGCGAACCAAAAACUGAAGAAACAAUUUUGGUGUGCUAAGCAGCGGCUGGGUCACCAAGAAUUCACCUCUUUCACUGCUUCAUACGCCUUUCUUUGGAACAGCAGCCCACUCGUUUUUGAAGGUUUUAAGUUAAACAUUUUUUUUUUUAAUUCCCUAAUUCAAUUUUGUUAAACGUCCGUACUCAAACGGAAUCGCAAAAUUGAAUUUACUUUGUUUUCAUUUGCAAUAAAUAAAUUUCAGCUGCGGCUUUAUUACAUGAAUGUA